AUGAAUCAUAUUUCACAAACUGUAAUGAUUCAUAAAGAAAAAGUAGCUAGAAGAGAAAUUGGAGUCCUUACAGCAAACAAAAUAACUUCCAGACAAUACAAGAUUAUCGCUCCAGCUAAUCCUGAAAAGCCCAUUAAAUACGUUAGAAAAACUGUCGACUAUACUAUUUUUGAUGACUUGGGUCACGGUGUAAAAAGUAUUGGAACUCCAAAAAGUAAAAAAGGAGGUAGUCAAAGUAGCAUUCAUAGUUCUGGUGCAUCUUCCGUAGGCUCAGGCUUAAUUUCAGCAGUGGUUGGACCUGCUCCAACGACUAAACCACCAACACCACCGCAAGUAGGGAGGACAGAAUAAACAUUAAUGAAAUCGUUGGACUCCAUUCCAUUGGACCAACCAUUCCAUUCACUAAUCGAUGAAGCACUAGACUGGUUAG